AAUUUACAUGUUGAAGCCACCUCCCCAACUCCUCUCUGUCCCUUUCUCUCUCUCACACGCACUUCUCUUCCUCUCUUCCUUCCUCAAAAGGGUUUCCUCCAUGACUAGGGUUUCCUCCACCGCUCCCUGAAGCCCAGCCCUCGCCUCAGAGGAGAAUACCGCAGUAGAUGGAUCCGUACAUCCGCGACGCCCUCCUCCUGCUCUCCCUCUUCUUCUUCUUCUUCUUCUCCGCCGUCGUCGUCGCGGACGAGGAGGAGGCCAGGGCCCUCAUCGAGUUCAAGAAGGGCAUCUCCUCCGACCCCUCCGGCCGCGUGUUCGGAUCCUGGAACCAGCCCGGGGCGGGAUCUGCCGUCUGCGGAUCGUGGUACGGCGUCGCCUGUGACGCCGCCGGCGGCGUCGUGGCCGUCGACCUCGCCCGCCUCGGCCUCGUCGGUGACCUCAAGUUCUCUACUCUCGCCCCGCUUGCUCGCCUCCAGAACCUCAGCCUCGCCGGCAAUGCCUUGACCGGCCGCCUCGUGCCCGCCCUCGGCGGCGUGUCCUCGCUGCGGCGCUUGGAUCUCUCGGCUAACCAGUUCUACGGACCCAUUCCCGGCCGGAUCACUGAGCUUUGGGGGUUGACUUACCUCAAUCUUUCUUGGAAUAACUUGUCGCAAGGGUUUCCCGCCGGGAUCCGGAAUCUUCAGCAGCUCAGGGUGCUGGAUUUGAGAUCCAAUGGCCUGUGGGGAGACAUCGGGACGCUGCUUUCGGAGCUCAGGAACAUAGACUAUGUCGAUCUGAGUAGUAACGACUUCACUGGGAACCUCCUUGUUGAUGCGGAGAACCUCACGGGCUUGGGGAAUACGGUCAAGUACUUGAACUUGAGUAAUAACAAGCUCAGCGGCGGCUUCUUUUCGAAUGAUGCUAUACCAGCGUUCAAGAAUUUGGAGUCUUUGGAUGUCAGCAACAAUCAACUGAGUGGGGAACUUCCGUCUUUUGACUCGGUGUUCAGCUUAAGAGUUUUCCGGGCUGUUGCUAAUAAGCUGCAUGGAUCUGUACCGGGAGCUCUGCUUGCCAGUACCCUGCACUUAUCAGAACUUGACUUCAGUGGAAAUGGCUUUACAGGUAAUGUUAGGGAUAUCACCUCUACAUCCUUGAAGUUUCUAAAUCUGUCCUCGAAUAUGCUAUCAGGUUUAUUGCCGUCAAGCAUAGGGGUAUGCAUAUCAGUGGAUUUUAGUAAUAACAAUAUCUCUGGUGGUCUAUCUGUGAUGCAGAGCUGGGAACCUACAUUAGCAAUUAUUGAUUUAAGCUCAAAUUCAUUGUCUGGGAACUAUCCUGAGGCAUCUCAACUUCAGAACCUGACAUCCAUAAGACUUCGAAAUAAUUCUUUGGUUGGCUCUCUUCCUUCUACCUUAGGAAAUUAUCCUGAGUUAUCCAUAAUUGAUCUCAGUCUAAACAGACUUUCAGGACCAGUUCUGCCAGGACUUUUCACAUCCUUAACCUUAAUUAGCUUGAAUCUUUCAGGGAACCAAUUUUCUGGAAUUAUUCCACUUCAAAGUUCACAUUCAACCGAAUCACUUGUUCUUCCUUCUUAUAGUCAUCUGGAGAGUCUUGAUUUAUCUAAUAACUUAUUAAUUGGUCCAUUGCCUCCAGAAAUUGGUAACAUGCAAAGACUUAAGUUGCUCAUUCUUCGAAACAAUACCUUAUCUGGAGAGUUGCCCAGUGAGCUAAGCAAGCUUGGCACUUUGGAAAUACUUGACCUAUCGAUGAAUCAUUUUAGGGGUAGAAUACCUGACAUGCCUCAGUCAGGUCUGAAUGUUUUCAAUGUUUCCUACAAUGAUCUAUCAGGCACUAUACCAGAAACUCUGCAGAGGUUCCCAAGCACCGCAUUUUAUCCAGGAAAUAAUUUACUGGUUUCUCCCAACGGCAUGACUUCAGGAAGUAACGGUGAAGGCGGUGAUAGUCAUCAUCAUAUGAAGUAUAGUGUUCGAAUUGCAUCUAUUGUUGGCUCUAUUGGUGCUGUCAUGUUAAUUUUGUUUGCAUUAAUGGCAUUAUAUGUGAUAAGGACCCAAGAACUUUGUGGAAAGAAUCGAUUUAGAGAUCAGGCAACUGGAAUGGAAGUAAAACUUGGGAGAUUUGGUCGUCGUAAGAUAUUUAAAUCUUCAAAAGAUACUCCUGCGACCAAUUCGAUGAGUUUCUCGAAUGAUCAUCUCUUAACAUCAGCUACCAGAUCAGUGGCUGCACACAAGGAGUUAUUAACAGAAGCUGUCGAAUGUGGUUAUUCUGAUCACAGGACAGAAUCUACGGUAAAUAAUGUGCUGCAGAAUCAUCCUGCGACCUGUACCACAGGAGAGAGAUCUUCUCCAGGGUCACCAUUAGGCUCUUCACCUCAUUUAAUUGAUUUGGGUGUAUCUGAGCAAUCAGUGAUGUUAGAUGUCUAUUCACCGGACCGACUGGCUGGAGAACUUUUUUUCCUGGACAACUCUUUGAUUUUCACAGCUGAAGAAUUAUCUCGUGCCCCUGCAGAAGUUCUUGGUAGAAGCAGCCAUGGGACUUCCUAUAAAGCAACCCUUGAUAGUGGUCACAUUUUGACUGUGAAGUGGUUAAGAGUUGGCCUUGUCAAAAUCAAAAAAGAAUUUGCUAAAGAAGCAAAGAGAAUUGGAACCAUCAAACAUCCUAAUAUCAUCCCUUGGAGGGCCUAUUAUUGGGGCCCAAGGGAGCAAGAGAGAUUGAUUAUUUCUGAUUAUGUUAAUGGAGAUAGUCUGGCACUUUAUCUUUAUGAAUCAACACCUAGAAGGUACUCCCGCCUCUCAGUAAGCCAAAGGCUAAAAAUUGCUAUUGAUGUGGCUCGGUCUUUGUAUUACCUCCAUAACGAGAAGGGCUUGGCUCAUGGAAGCCUAAAACCGACAAAUAUCCUCUUGACUGGCCCAGACCUCACUGCUCGAUUGACAGAUUACAGCCUCCAUCGUCUCACGACACAAGGUGGGACUGCCGAGCAUAUAUUAAACUUGGGAGCACUUGGGUACCGGGCACCUGAGCUACAAAGUGCGAGCAAGCCAUUCCCGUCAUUUAAGGCUGAUGUGUAUGCAUUUGGGGUGAUACUUAUGGAGCUGCUAACCCGAAGAAGUGCUGGUGAUAUUAUCUCGGGCCAGACAGGUGCAGUUGAUCUGACAGAUUGGGUUCAGAUGUGCAACAGAGAGGGGAGGGGAACGGACUGCUUCGAUAGAGAUAUCACAGGCUUGGAGGAAUGUCCAAGGGUGAUGGAUGAACUGCUUGCUGUAUCACUUAGGUGCAUUCUCCCUGUAAACGAGAGGCCUAACAUUAGGACCGUCUUUCAAGAUCUCUGUGCCAUAACAAUGUGAGAUUCUUUUUCUUUUCCUUCCCUUGUACAUGUAACUGGAAUCAUUUUUCCCCCAAUAUUUUUUUUUUUUUGGGCUCCCAGGCCUUGCAAAAUCAAGGUUUCUGUCCAAUUUAGUGUAACCAGUUUCAGCCAUUGGUUGAUUUGAUAGCGGUAAGAGUGUGGUCGAUUGAGUUGGAAAACCUCAUCUUUCUUUGUACUAAUUUUUAUGCUCCCCCUUCCCCCAUUUCUUGGGGUCCCUGUUUCUGAACAACUUGUGGCAGGCAGGAUGUGUAGCAUCUUUCAUCCCUUAACACUCUCAUCUAUUUUGCUUGCUA